GUGUGAGUGGAGUGUGUGCAGAAGUAAAUAAGUGUUUCUUCGUUCAACAGCUCUCUCUCUCUUCUUUCUCUUCUUCUUUCUCUUCUUCUUCGUCGUCUUUCGUAUCCACAUCUUCUUUCCAUCUCUGUCUUCUUCUACUACUUGUUCAGCCUAAGUUUACUCUUACUGUUGUUAUUGCUAAACCGUUAGAAUCAUUUAUCUAUGUCCUCAUUGAUGUACUCCUCUUCUUGCUCUCCUUCAUUCCUUGCAACUAUUUCUGACAGUUCAUCAAGAAGCAGCGUACCUGUAGUAAACCCUACAUUGGAAAGCCCUAAAAGAAAGAGAAUAUCUCAGCAGGAACAGCAGAGUAGAAGAAGAAGACAAAGACAAUCUGCGCAAAUCGAUGUCAUCCCCAAAGCAAAGAAAUCCAAAAAGAUUAUUCUUGGUCGACCUUGUCAUGGCAAACAUAAAAUGACUGUCGAUGAACUGAAGGCUUUAAGCAGACAAGUUCGUUUAUCUGAUAAUAACAACAAUAGCAGUACUGCCUAUCUUACUCCUCCACCAAGUACUGCGCAACAUAAACAAUCCUAUACCGCAGAAAGCAUUGUUCUACUAAGUCGAAAUUUGAAAGCAAAUCUUUUCCGUGCAAAAGCUAGAAUGAUGGAUACCUUGAAAAAUUCUGAUUUACCAAAAGAUAUCCAAAUCUAUAACAAUCUUUCAUUGAAUCAGCAGCAAUUUGACAACAAUAAAACAAUCGAAGUCGACAGAGCAGAUGCCUGUACUACGCCAACAACAACACAAACAUUUGCUACGACAUCUUCUCCUGAAUCUGGUGCAACUUCCACUACUAUGGCCACGACGAUGAACCAUAGCAGUCAUGAUGAACUCAAUGUUUCGGAUUUGGAAAGUGAAGAAGAAGAGGAAGAUGAUUAUAGUAGUGUUAGUACUACUCUUUCUUCUGUUCACCAAUUCCCUUACCAAUGCUUGCGUCUUGUUACAGAUGAAAGUGGUCAUGUCUCAGUUAGAAUAGCUGAUGGUGCACAUAAUACUGCUUCUCAUAGUACGGCUGCUGUACCUACUUCUUCUACUGCUGCUCCUUCCCAUGCUGCUCACAGAUCCUCUCCUGCUUCUUCUACAGCAUCGUCACUUCUUGAGCCUACGGAUGUUGCAAGUCAUUCUCAAGAGGCUGAUAACUUUGACAUCAUGGAUAUCAACAGUUUUAAUCAUGAUGCAAUGUUCAGCAAUUAUAUUGCUUCUGCCAUGAUACCAUUUUAUACCCCUAUGGCUGCAGCUAAUACCGCUCCUGAUGCUUCUCUCUGUAAUGCUACCUCUGAAGCGACUUACCCUAGUUUAAUGGAACAGUGCUAUCCAACAUUUUAUUGGCCCACUUUAUUCCACCAACAUCUUGCUGCUACUGCUGCCUCCGGUAAUAACGUUGAUAAUAAGAUUGAGGUCACAGAAGAACAGAUCAAUUCCUGGCUACAACGAGGUGGCUAUUCGGAUAUUACUCCAAUGACAAUGGCUACGGAUCAAGAAUUAGCAGAUUUGGUGGACUUUGAUCAUAUUUGAAGCCAAGAUGCAUCUUAUUCCAUUUGUUACAACUAAACAAAUAACAAACAAUUUACAUACGUUCUUCUUACGGACAAACACACAAACACACAAACACACACCGUUUUCUCCUGCUCCUUUCUUUAUUGCUUAGCUACACUCACUAUUCUCAUCUCUUGUACACAUUAUCUAUUUAUUUAAAAGGAAUCUCCCCCGCUCCUCUCAUUGAACACUUUAUUAAAAGAAAAGUUAUCAAAAA